AACCACCCUUGAACUUCGUUUCAUUCCUGGUUGGACUCUUACAGGUACAAGAAGUGUAAGCACUACUCCUUAGUCUGUACGUGUAAGAAAAACAAAAUGGCUGACAAAGAAUAUGAAGUCGUUAUAUCUGGAGUUUCUGGGUUUUUUCCGGAAAGUGAUGGCUUGGAAGAACUUGAAAGAAAUCUGCUCAAUAAAGUCAAUAUGGUCACUGUAGAUGGUCGACGUUGGACCCCUGGUGAACUUGGCGUGCCAGCGGGUACGGGAAAAGUGAAAGAAAUGAAUUACUUUGACAUGACCUUUUUUGGAAUACAUAGAAAAUUGUGUGAAAUUAUGGAUCCAACUACAAGACUAUGCUUGGAGCAUGCUUAUGCUGCAGUCUGUGAUGCUGGAAUAAAUCCAACUUUGCUUUCUGGGACAAAGACGGCAGUUGCGAUGGCUUCUAUGAUAAGUGAGACAGAGUAUGAAUGUGUCAUGGGAGCAAAAAAUGUUGGGCAUGCUAUGUUGGGCCACAGCCGUACGAUGCAAGCCAAUCGUCUCUCUUACUUCAUGAACCUAAAAGGACCAAGCCUUGCAUUAGAUAAUACAUGGAAUGGUGGAAUGCAAGCUUUAGAAAUUGGAUACAACAUGAUCAAAAGAGGACAAACCACAACUGCAAUUGUUGGAGUGUGCAGUCUCAUCUCAAAAGCAGAAUCUUCAACUCAUUGGCAUGCAAAGGGAGAACUGAAUAAAGAUGGUCUCACAAAAUGCUUCAGUGCAGAUGCUGAUGGCUACAGCCGUGCAGAAGCUUGUGUUGUAUUCUUUUUACAACGGAAAGAACAUGCAAAGCGUGUAUAUGCUUCUCUGCUUGGAAUAAAGUCAUUCAAUUUUGGAUCUCGUGAGGUUGGGUUUGGUGAAUUUGAUGAGGAAAAGUACAAAGUUUUGGUUGAAGAUGUAUAUAAAUCAUCUAAUGUCGAUCCUAAUGAUGUGGCAUAUGUUGAAGCUCAUGGAUGCGCUUCAAAAAUCAUUGAUGCAAAAGAAUUAAACUCAUUGGGUGAAGCCUUGUGCACAAAAAGAGAUAAGCCGCUUCUAAUUGGAUCUGUUAAAAGCAAUUUGGGACAUACUGAAGCUUCGAGCACUUUUGUCAGUAUAUGCAAGGCCCUGUUAGCACUUAGAAGUGGAGUCAUUGCGCCAAAUAUUAACUACAAUUCUCCCAAUCCUGAUGUACCAUGGUUGGCAUCUGGCAAGCUGAAAGUCAUCACCGAACCGACUAAAUUAGAAGGUGACAUAAUAGGAAUCAGUUCAAAUGGUAUUGCUGGUUCAUACGGUCAUGUGUUGUUGAAAGGCAAUCCAAAGGUGAAGUCAAGGCCUUUAAAACUUGGAGAACUGCCACCUGAUGGACUUCCGAGGUUGAUUAUCUUAUCUGGAAGAGAUGAAGCUGCAUUAAAUGGAGUUUUAACUAAGCUUGAAUCUUCACCCAUUGAUGAGGAGUUUGUUGCCCUGACACAUCAUUUGUUCUCAACUGAAAUAAAACGUCAUUUAUUCCGUGCUUAUACAUUGCUUGGGGACGGAUCUAAAACCUGUCAUCAAUUAAAGGCCUUAGACUCAGGCGUCAAAAGGCCAAUUUGGUUUGUUUUCUCCGGUAUGGGAUCACAAUGGUGUGGCAUGGGCACAGAACUGCUGAAACUGCCCUGCUUCGCACGGGCCAUACACAAAUGCCAAGAAGUGCUGAAGCCCGAAGGGAUCGAUGUGAUCAAAAUCAUUACAAGCCAGGACCAAAAAAUGUUCGAUAAUAUUCUCCACUCAUUCGUAGGAAUCGCAGCUGUUCAGAUUGGUCUGGUGGACACAUUAAAAGAACUAGGAAUCGAGCCAGAUGGAAUCAUCGGUCAUUCAGUAGGUGAACUUGGUUGUGCGUAUGCUGAUGGCUGUUUUACUCUGGAGCAGAUGAUCCUUUCAGCGUAUGCCAGAGGAAGAGCUUCUAUUGAAACAGAACUAAUUAAAGGAAAAAUGGCCGCUGUGGGUAUGGGGUAUAAUCAGAUAAAAAAUAAUCUUCCACCAGCAAUUGAAGUUGCGUGUCACAACGCAGCAGAAAGCUGUACCUUAUCAGGACCUUCAGAAGACAUGGAGGUUUAUAUAAAUGAACUGAAAAGCCAAGGAGUGUUUGCAAAAUUGGUCAACGUUUCAAACAUUGCUUAUCACAGCAAGCAUAUUAAACCUGCUGCUCCAGCGCUGUUGAAAUAUUUGAAGAAGGUUAUUCCAAAUCCUCAAUGCCGAUCAAAAAGAUGGAUCAGCAGCUCCAUCCCUGAAGCAGACUGGGAUUCCGAUCUGGCUAAGUAUAGCUCUGCAGAGUAUCACACUAACAACCUUCUGAGCUCAGUACUGUUUGAAGAAGCUUCUGCGCAUAUUCCAAAUAAUGCAAUUGUGAUUGAAAUUGCCCCACAUGGAUUACUUCAAGCAAUCCUUAAACGUUCAUUGCCUACAUGUACAAAUAUCCCAUUAACAAGCAGAUUUGAAUCUGAUGGAAUAAGUUUUCUACUACAAGCCAUUGGGAGAAUGUAUCUUGAAGGAAUUGAUGUCCAUCUUGCUAAUUUAUAUCCGACUGUGGAGUUUCCUGUAUCAAGAGACACCAAGUACACGAGCAGUGUCAUCACCUGGGAUCAUUCUGAGCUCUGGAUAAUCUGGAGUUUCAUCAACAGGAAUGAUUUGCAAUCUGUUCCAUGCUGGAAAUUUGUUAAUGUUUCCCUUUCUGAGGAGAAAUUUGAAACUUUGUCAUAUAACAAGGUCAACAAUAGAAUAAUAAUGCCUUCCUCCUCACUUGUCGAAUUAAUCAUUGAAAGAUUUAAUGAUCUUAAGAAAAACUCCACCUCCCCUAUUAAAAUAGAAAAACUGAAAUUUUGUAAAUAUGUAGAAGUUCCAGCUAAAUCUCAUAAAGAAUUGUACGUACUCGUUCAAAUAGGCAGUGGCGAUUUCCAAAUCUGUGAAAGCAAUGACGAAGUAGUCGUUGGAAAUAUUAGCAUAAUAGACAAUGUUUCAAAUUUGAAAGACAACGUUCACUUUGAAAUGGACGACACCUAUGUUACAAUGGGCCAGAAUGAGUUUUACAACUAUUUGUACCAUAUGGGUAUCAAUCAAACGGAAUUGUUUAGAAGUGUACAAAGAGUUGAUUUCAAUGAAAGUGGUCUACACGCUAAAAUCCAAUGGAGAGGUCAAUGGGUACCAUUUUUAGAUGGCAUUUUCAAAGUAGUUGCAUUUUUUGACAUGAACAACUCUAAUUGCUUGAAAUUAAUAACAGAUAUUGAGCACAUAUGUAUUAACUUUGAAGCAUUUCCAGUUGAUCAGAAAAAAGAAAUAACUGUGGUUUACAACCAUGUGACAAAAUUAGUCAAAUGCCAAGGCUUAGAGAUUCUUGUUCCCGAAGUGAACCAACCUUCGAUCGAACCUUGUGAAAUGGUUCUUUCUUUUGAUCAGUACAAAUUCAUUCCGUACACCAACUCUUCUGUGAAGAGUGUUCAAGAUAUUGUCAGCAUUUGUGCUACCACGGUUUACGAGAACAUCAAUAGAUUUAGAGAUGGUGGCAUUUCUCAACUCAACAUCAUUGACAUCCAAGGGGAUGGCUUCUUUACAGAAAGCAUUCAGUAUGCUAAAUAUCAACAAAAUCAAUUGGAAGUUUCAAUAAAACAGUGCGACAGUGAUGGUAUGAUAUCUAGCUUCGACUGGAAUGAUCUUAACAAAGAAGCCAUUUGGGUUAUCUCUGGUUGUCAAAAUUUUAAAAAGUCCAUAAAAGUACUUAAGAGUGCCAAACAAAGUUUCUUUCUUACACGAUUGACUCAGGAACUUGGAUUAAUCUCUCAAGAAAAAAACCUCCGAUCUAUUUUCAAUUUCAAUUUUGGAAAUGACAAAGUUGUGCUUUACAAACUGGAAAACCCUUGUGAUGGUGAAAAACACGUUGUUUCUGCCUUAUGUGACAACUGGGCAGAAGAGUUACAAAUUAAACUGAACACAGAGGCAAAUAAAGAACAGCCAGGGACAAUAUACAUAGUUGGUAAAACAGUAUGCAACUUCUUGUCAGAAAUACAAGAAGUUAUUAAAAAAUGUGACUCGUUAGACCAAUCUGAUCUUCUAAGGAUAUACUUCACUGAUGAAAAUUGUCCUUCUUUUGACCUGGAAAGUCCAUUCUACAAAGAGCAAAUAAAAAAAGACUUAAGAAUCAAUAUUUGUAUUAACAAUGAGUGGGGAAAUUUGUCUCUGCUGCCAAUUGAAGACAAACCUAAGAAAAACUUAGAGGUUUUUGGAAAGAAUCUAUUUCAACUCUCUUCCCUCAAGGCAAAAGAUUUCCAGUUAUCAGCAGUAGGAUUGAACUUACAAGAUAUCACUGCGCACAGCCAAUGUUCCAAGUUUGGUGUUUUUGACUACGCUGGCUAUAAUAAGCUUGGGAAAAAAGUUAUGGGUGUUGCAACACUUGAGGAUGGCAAUGUUUUAAUUCCUGAUGAAAAAUUGGUUUGGAAUAAACCUGAUUCUUGGUCAGAUGAAGAAGCUGCAGCUGUACCUGUAUUUUAUACAAUGGCAUACCACAUUAUUCUGAUAUUCAAUGAAAUGCUCUCCUAUUCGUCCAUAUUAGUCCACAGAGGAGGCCUUCCAAUAUCACAAUCAAUUAUAACCAUCGCACUAGUUAAAGGCUUUGAAGUUUUCACUACAUAUGAGACAGAAGAAGAGAAAUGUUUGAUUAAAAAACAAUUUCCACAGAUUCCAGCAGAUCACAUACUUUCAUGUGAAAGUUGGAAGUUUCAUAUUGAACUUUUGGAAAAGACUGAAGGGAAAGGUGUUCAUAUAGUUGUAAAUACACUGCAAAAUGACGAUAUGGUCGAAGCAUCCCAAAGGUGCAUAAAAAAUCAGGGGUCUUUCUUCCAGCUGAGUCUUUCGCCUAUGGAAAAUAAAGCUCCAAUGGGUAUGAGGAUAUUUCUUAAAGAAUCAGUCGUUUUUGGCCUCUUGCCAGAGAAUAUUUUACAAAUGGCAGAUUACAUAAAAGAAAAAAUUCAAAAAGCCAUGGCAGAAGGGCUGGUGAAAGGUGAAGUUAAACCUUUGAAAGUGAAGCGUCUAUCUAGUGAUUUACUGAAUGCAACUGCAAUUUCACUGAUGAAGUCACAUGGAAAAGUUAACAAUAAAAUGGUUGUGGUUUUGGACAAUAACCCUGGCAAUAAGAAAGAUGUAUUUUUGUGCGAUCCUGAAAAGACUUAUCUAAUCCUAGGAGGUCAUAAAGCAGUUUGGCUGGAACUGGUUGAAUGGCUGAUAGUAAGAGGUGCCAAAAAUAUUGAAGUUGUAUUGAAGAAGCACAUACUUAACAGUUACUCUGCACAAAGACUGAACUCAAUGUUGAACAACUACCCGGAUGUCAAAGUCGGCAUGAUGUCAAAUAAGCGAAUUAGUUCAACUGCCAAUAUUGAAAAUUUGUACAAUGAACUGAACAACAUCAAAGAACUUGCUGCUGUUUUUAUAAUUGGAAAUGGAAUGAAAGACAAAAUAGUUAUGAUUGAUCAAGUAUUGAGGGAGAAGAAGAGCAAAAGUCAGAUUGUGUGUAUAGGGGAAGGCGGGGAGACUGUUUGUGAAAGACGAAGACAUAAUCAACUUCCAGCACUGUCUGUAAACUGCAGUUCCAACCUUAAUCCACAUUGCAUAGUGGCCAGCUUGGACUGGUUAACAUCACAAUCUAACAACGCUCCAGUAGUUUUCAUCAGAGAGUCUAAAAACUUGAGCAGUUUUGAUGUCAUUUCAAAGAAUCUAUCUUACAAGGACCACAUGCCAGAAAAUUUGCAGGAGCUUUUAGAUUUGCAAAAGAUGAAAUCCGACCGAGGAUGUUUUGUAGAAAUGAAAGCUGCUUGUCCACGCUACAAGUUUGCCAAAGAGGUCCCUCCACUUUUCCUAUUUAAUGGUCUCAAGCCGAACCAGCUUACGGAAUUGGCAUCUAAGUUUUUUUAUCCUACUUUCCAAGCUGUUUUGCCAGUUGAGUUUUCCAGCAUUGAAUCUGUAGCUUCUAUGCUAUACGAGGAAUUAUUAAAAUUUCCGUAUAAUGUUUUCACCCUUGUGGCCGAUGAUUGGGGUGGUGCUCUUGCUUUAAGUGUGGCUAAGUUGCUCGAAGCCGAUGGCAAAUUUGUAUCGGUCAUUAUGCUUGAUGCUGCACCACAGACAGUUCAGGAAUGGGUUAAAACAAUAUAUGAUUCUAACGGACUCAAGAUGAUAAGCAAAUAUAUAAAAGUCCAUCCAAAGGUUAAAAAAACAUUAAGCUCAAUAACAAAUUUUGAUGAAGUAUUAGACACAGCAUUAAACAAUUCGUUAGUGGUUUUGGAUGAAAAAGAAAAAAUAAAGGAAGCAAUACGGAUGCUUAAAUGUCAACUAAAUGCCAUUGCCAAAUUUGAAGGCUCUGAAACAAAAGUGAACGGAAAGUGUCAUCUUCUGAGACCAAAUAUUCCUGAGAAUGAAUCUGAACACUGCCAACUCCAACAGCAUUGCAAGCGGACGGUGAAGAUCCACCUGAUGGAUGACACCAUCCACCGAAACAUGCUCAAAAAUGACCAGACAGCAAGGAUAAUAAAUGAACUCGUCUUCUUUGAAUAUAGAGAUGCUGCCAACAAGCCUGCCGAGGAGCACCUCGGUGUCAACAUAACACAUGAUAUAGUGUACAAAUCUGAUGGAUUGGUCAGAACAUAAAAUGUUUUCACAUAACUGUAUGUAGCAAAUAUAUUAACUUCAAUGCAAA